ACAAGGGAGAGUUUCACGAGAAACGCCGGCGUGGCUGAUCUGUCAGAGUCCCGACAUGAACUGUCAAAUGAGAUAAAAUUAGAAAAUAAUACAAAAUAAGAGCAAAUAUAAAAAAAAUUAAAUUAUUUCUUUCUAAUCAUGCGGAGUAGCGAAUUUCACCGUAUCUCGCUGAAUUUAGCGAUGUUCUGUAAUAUAUUAUUGGUCAUGUAAUUUCACGGUUACGUACUUACGACGUGCGUUUAAUGAGUCGCAAGUGUUAUAGAUAUGUCGGAGCACGUGGAAUUGCAGCAUCUAGUUGACGUCGACGUGGAGAGUAGCGCGACGAAUCACAAAAGAAAAUUCUCCAUCCCGUUCUGCAAAUCAUGCCCUUACCUGGGCCUAGUAUUAGCAACAUUCUCGUCCCUGUUCUUCUCGUUAUGUAGCGUCAUCGUCAAGAGUCUGGUGGAAAUCAACCCCACCGAGAUGGCUAUCUUCAGAUUUUUGGGAGUACUGUUACCAGCAAUACCAAUUGUGAUCUACAAAGGCGACCAUCCUUUCCCGAAGGGACGUAGGCUAAUACUUAUUCUAAGAAGCUUCAUCGGCACAACAGGACUCAUGUUAAGUUUCUACGCCUUCAGACACAUGCCUCUGGCAGACGCUUCUGUUGUUGUCUUUUCCGUUCCUGUAUUCGUGGCGAUAUUCGCGCGAAUCUUUCUGAAAGAACCCUGCGGCCUCUUCAACGUCGUCACCGUCUGCCUGACCCUGAUCGGCGUGAUCCUGAUAACCCGACCGCCCCUGAUCUUCGGCAACACCGUGGAAUCUCUCUCGGAUGGCAGCAUUAAUCCAGGACACGCGGAUCUUUGGGGCGCAGUGGCUGCAUUUUCUGCUACUUUAUUCGGCGCCAACGUCUACGUCCUAUUACGCGCCCUGAAGGGUCUCCACUUCUCCGUUAUAAUGGCAAAUUUUGGCUCCUUUGCUCUGGUACAGACUACAUUUAUAUCCUGGCUCAUCGGCGCCUUAUGUCUACCACGCUGUGGUACAGAUAGACUCCUAGUUGUUGCUCUAGCAUUAUUCAGCUUUGCAGGUCAGAUCUUGCUGACCUUGGCUCUUCAGAUGGAGCAGGCCGGUCCAGUAGCCAUAGCAAGAUCCACGGAUAUUGUUUUCGCGUUCUUCUGGCAGGUGCUUUUUUUCAAUGAGAUACCAAACCGAUACUCAGUAGGAGGUGCUAUACUAGUCACUAGUUCAGUUUUGUUAACAGGUUUAAGAAAAUGGGCUCUUUCCUUACCUGAAACAUCUAACAUUAAGAAGUCUCUUGGAAUUCUAAUGAUAUAGAUAAUAAUUUUUGUUUUAUUUAUUUAUUUAUUUAUUUACAAGGUUAAAAUUAAGUAAUUGUAAGCGACCAAACUGGGCAAAAAUAUUAAUUUAUUCAAAACUUCUUCAUUACGUUUCGACCUUUGUUUUAGGUCUUUAUCAAAUGAGCUGGAAAAAAGGAUUACAAACUCUUUCAAUGAUACAAUAAAAAUACAAUAAAAAUCGCACAAAACUUCAAUGAGACACUUCAAUUUACACUUUCAUUUUAUUGUAUUUUUAUUGUAUUAUUGAAAGUUUGUAAUCCUUUUUUCCAGCUCAUUUAAUUGAUAAAGACCUAAAACAAAGGUCGAAACGUAAUGAAGAAAUUUUGAAUAAACUAAUACUUUUGCCCAGUUUGUUCGCUUAUGAUUACUUAAUUUUUAACCUUGUGAUUUUAUCUACUAGCGUUUUUUUGAAUAUUUUUAUCUGAUUUGAUUUAUUUAUUUAUUUAUUUGAAGACGAAGAAAGAUGGAACUUGAAAUGAAUUUUAUGCAUUACAAAAAUUGUUGAAGAAACAAUAUUAUUUGUAAAAAAAUAUUGCGCUGAGUAACAGUGAUUUUUAAGUUUAUUUCAAAAUGUGUAGUGUACACAGUUGAGUUUAUUUUAUUUAUUUAUUUUUUUUUUUUUUUACU